CCGACCUUUGAUCGAGCAAUAGGCGGGAUUGAAAAAUAUAAGCGCGCAAAAAAUGUAGAAAGGGCAAAAAAAAGAAAAAGGCUAAGGUUUUGCGUCCACCCAGUUUCCGUCUGUUUCUCUACUUCGCUUUCAGAGCUCCUCCUCUCCUCUCCUCUGUGAGUAACGACUAUAUUCCUGUCCAUACUUCUUUUUGCUAAUUCGAAAUUCGAUAUAUGGAAAAAUGAAGGCCUGAGAAGAGAGAAAGAAAGAGUUGAGUUGCUAUAAAAUGGGAUCUGACACUACACUUCCCCAAUGGGCGUCAGAGCCUUGUAUCAUGGGCAUCGAUGAAGCCGGCCGAGGCCCUGUUCUAGGGCCAAUGGUGUAUGGAUGCUUAUACUGUGCUCGCUCAUAUGAGAAGACUCUCUCCUCUUUGAACUUUGCGGAUUCAAAGACACUAAAAGAAGAGAAGAGGGAGGAAUUAUUUGAGAAUCUAAAGGCUGAUGAAUCAAUUGGGUGGGCUGUCGAUAUCAUAGAUCCGAGAGAGCUUUCAGCUAAAAUGCUAAAGAAGAAUAAGAUAAACCUUAAUGAGAUAUCACAUGACUCUGCAAUUGGCCUUGUCACUAAGGUGCUUAACAUGGGGGUUCUUCUAACUGAGGUCUACGUGGAUACAGUGGGAGAUACUGAAAAGUAUAGAACUAAACUGUCUGAGAGAUUUCCUGGAGUUAAUUUUGUGGUUGCAAAGAAGGCUGAUAGUCUUUACCCAGUUGUUAGUGGAGCAAGCAUAGCUGCAAAAGUCACAAGGGACAGAGCCUUACGAGAGUGGGUGCUUGAUGAAACAGCUGAAGAUCUGCACAAAAACUUUGGUUCUGGAUAUCCUGGAGAUCCCGAUACCAAGGCCUGGUUGCAACAUCACAAACACUCGGUAUUUGGAUUCCCAACAUUGGUACGUUUUAGCUGGGGCACAUGUACUCCAUAUUUUAAAGACAUUGCUGAAGUCUUAUGGGAAUCAAUGGAUGACGAUGGUUCUAGCAGUUCUAAUGGAAAGCGGCAACUGAAAUUAAGUAGUUUUGGUGUCACAACAUCAAAGAGAAAGAUUGAAGAAAUAGAAUCAAAUGGUAAAGGACGCUGCAAAUUUUUCCUGGCUCGUAAGCUUGAGCAAGUUACUCAUUUCUAAGUAUGGUGCAGGAGAGAUGUCAGGCUGGAUACUAUCAAAGUGGGAACUGCACCAUGGUGUUUGUCGUCACUUCCAUUCUGACCAGAACUUGUCAAUCUGCCACCAUUUGCAGUUCCAUAACUGAAGCCAAGUUCUGUUGCAGUAUUUUAUUAUGGAUUUACUACACCAUCCGUUUGCAGUUUUAUCUUUCAAUGUGAUGUCUCUUUUUUUUUUUCCCCCUUUUUCCCUGUUAUUUCGGUUUUCUUUACCGGGCAAUGAAACUUGUUUGACAAAGUGAAUCUAUAUUUUUAUGCAUUUAGGGGGUCAAGCAUGUAAUAAGAACCAAGAUGGGUUGCUAUAGAACUGAUGUUUAUCUGUUAUAUUC